AGAGCCAGGGCCAGGGUGAGGGCGAGGGAUGAAGCAAAUGGAGUGUCGGGCCCUCGACCGCCAGCUGAUCGAGUGAAAGAGAAAGCGUGGGCGAUGGAUGUGUGGCUCGCGGCGCUCGGAGCCGCGCAAUUCUGACAAGGAUUCAGGAUAUGCUUGAGGAGGCGAUAUGCCGCGCUCGACAAGAACACCUCCGCCUCGGCAAAUCAGCUGCUGCUGCUGCUGCUGCGGAGCGAUUUACCGAGGGCGAGGGCGAGGCCGCAGGCAGCAGUAGAUUCGUGGCAGUCGUUUUGGGGUUUUGGGCGUAUUCUUCACCUUUCGAACGACGCCCGCCAUUCGCGGGCGGGCUUUCCCUCUGCACGUCGUCGCCAUGUAGAAGUCGUCGCGGUAAUUGGCGGUGUUGCUCACAGAUAUCACCCCUCCUCCUGCAUCAUCGUCCUAUUAUGGCUCAGGUGUGAGGGAUUGUCCUCAUCCGGAGCUUAAAGUUCUAGUUCGAAUUUGAUGCCAUUCAUUGUGCGGCAGUGGAGCUUCGGAUCGAUGGCCGCUUGAUUGCAUUCCCGGGCGCCUUUCGGCCCUCGCCUCUGUCGUAGUUCGGGUUUCGUGUGCGAUUUUUUUGACGUGCUCAAUUCGAUUCGGGCCUCGAUCGAUCUCGGAUGUAGUCUCUCUUCUAUUGAGGUGUGUGGUCGGAAGAGUCUCUGGGGAUCGAAGGAGAGCGACUCGGCGAGUGUGGACAUGGACGUGCGCGGGACUGGAUGUGAUGGAGCACGCUUUCAUGCCUGUUGAUGGUGGUGGGCUUGGAGGCCUGAGCCGACGCUCGAGAUGGGGAGCUUUUGCACCGACGUCGGAAUUUCUAGCAUGUCUACCUUCAACGGAAGGCUCGAGUCUUGCCUCUUACCUUGCGAGAGGGGUUUAUCACGAUGCAGCCGCAUAUUUUAUGGAGUGCCUCUCCGACCGAAAAGUUGGAGAAUGAUGAAUCGAGGCUCGGGGUAUAUGUCCAUUUCUUCGGGUCAUUCCACCUUUCGGGUUGACUCUCCAGUGUCUAGAAACAGAUAUCGCGGUCUUCAAAAUGUGAAAAAGCGCAGGCCUUUUAGUCAGCUUUCGAAUUCGCACUCGGAUGUCCAGUUUGGAGUCCGGAUCGGAAGGGAGCACAGAGGCAGCUCGCACAGAGUCGCUGGGAGAGCAUCAAACUCCCACGGAGUCCCUGAGCCGUCUGACUCGGAGAGUAUCGAUGAUGGAGAUGUUAAAAUCGGUGCAGAAGAAAGUAGCAACUUUGUAAAUAAUUCGGAACAGAAAGCUACAAUCUCAAAAGAUUCCGCGUCUCCAGGUCCUCGUCUCACUAGAAGAAUGAUUUUAGGUGCAGUUGCCUUAGGUUUCUCAGUCUCCUCGUCCUGGUCUUCGGAGGGGGCCACAGCUGCCGACAAGGGAUUUAGUUUCCCUUUGACUAAGGGCUCGUGGAUUUUGGGAGAGGCGGAUUUGGUUCCUCCUGGGGCUGCCGAGAAGAGGGGAUCUCGGGUUUAUGAUGCAAGUGUACUCGGAGAACCGGUUGCACUCGGAAGCGAUAAGGACCGAGUUUGGCAGAAGCUCCUGGCAGCUCGAGUCGUCUACUUGGGCGAGGCUGAAAGGGUGGUUGAUACUGACGAUCAGUUGCUGGAGCUAGAAAUUGUCCGAACCGCGAGAGACAAGUGCUUCGAGCAGGCCCGUGGUGUAACAGUUGCUAUUGAAGCCUUCCCGAUCGUCGUACAGCCUCAAUUGAAUCUUUACAUGAAUAAAAAAAUAUCAGACGAAGAGCUUCGGGCUUCGGUUCCAGCGUUACCCGAUGAACGCUUCCAAGGUUACCUCCCAAUUCUCCAGUACUGUAGAGACAAUGGUGUUCGGCUUGUUGGGAUGGGGGCACCUUCCAAGGUCCUACGAACUGUUCAAGCCAAAGGUGUGCAAGCUCUGGACAAGGCUGAGAUGCAAAAGUUCGUGCCACCUCUUGGAGGAGGCUACAAGUUCAAAUCUUUUCCCAGUUCAGAUGAUUCAGGAGGGGUAGAUUUGUUACCAAAUGCAUCAGGGCGAUUCGGACCGGGACCGUACAGAUUUGCACAAGCACGCAUUGUAGCUGACUACUCCAUGUCUCAGGUCAUAACACAAGUGAUCAAAGAUGGAGGGUCUGUUGGUAUCACAAUCGUCAUCACUGGUGCUUCUCAUGUAAUGUAUGGGUCAAGAGGGAUGGGUUUGCCUGCUUGGACUUCAAAAAGUCUGCAAAAGAGGACCCAAGCAGUGAUUCUCCUCAAUCCUGAAAGGCAACAUAUACGGAAAGAAGGGGAUCUCCCAGAGGCCGACUUCUUAUGGUACUCCGCAGCGAAGGUCUGCACUCGAAACUGCUUCGAUCGAGCAGAGGUUGCGAGGGUCAUGGGUGCCGCGGGGAGGAGACGAGAAGCGCUGCCCCAGGAUAUUCAACUGGGACUGGAGCGUGGUCUCGUGGCUCCUGAAGUUCUAGAAAGUUUCUUCAAGCUGGACGAGCAACCUUUAUUGGCCGAACUUACGAGCCGGUUUCAGGGCUUGAGAGAAAGAUGGCUAGCAGAUCCUCGUUUCCUACAGCGCCUUGCUAUUGAAGAGACCAUAUCUAUAACGACAACCUUGAUUGCCCAAUACGAACGCAGAGGCGACCGCUUUUGGAAGGAGUUGGAGUAUGUAACCACGGAUACCGUCCGAGGAGCCGUAGUUGAUUUUUUUACUGUGUGGUUGCCUGCUCCUAGGCUCUCUUUCAGAGUCCUGGACCCUCAAGAUGAAUAUUUUAACGCGUUGGACAGUUUAAGAGGUCUACUUGGUUCUUUCCCAGAUAAUGCUUUUCAAAGAGCUCAAGCAGGAGUUAGAUGGGGAUUAGGGGAAAGGGUAGGUGCAAUUAUUGUCGGAGGGAUCAAGCUCUUCGGGGUAGGUUUUAUUUCUUCCUUAGGUACUCUGGCUGCUACGAAUCUCGUCCUUAAUGCGCGGCAAAGGCUUUCUUCAGACCCAACUCCAAAAGCUCAAAACAAGCGGUCACCAAUAUUCAAAACUGCUCUUGUUUACGGUUCAUUUUUGGGCACUUCAGCCAAUUUACGUUACCAGGUUAUUGCUGGCGUGGUCGAGCACUGGAUUGCUGAUUACUGGUUAGCUUCACAACCUUUAGCGGGGAACGUACUAUCUUUUGUGGCUCGUACGGUCAACUCAUACUUCGGCACUGGGCAAUGGGUAGACCUCGCCAGAUUGUCCGGUCUUCAAGCCCAUAAUGAUGAAGACGAGUCGUCAUCACCGAAAGUGGACGCUGGUGACGAAGCAUCAGUUACUGCAGAAAUGUUGGAAACUACUUCAACCUCAAAUCCGGCAUCAAGUAACGGUGUCAGUAGUGUGGAAGAAGCUCAAGAAUUAGUGAAAGAGCCUGUGAAGAUACCCAAGCAAUAAUCUCAUACAUUAAUUCUAUUUUCUCAUUGCCAGAAUUAGCUGGCAAAACACUUGGAACUGACCGGGACGCAUUGGAUCAUUGAGGUCGGUGGACUUCAGACACAGACCUUCACCGUGAAAGGAUCAUUUAUGCUUAAGCCAGAUUCUGAGACAAAGAGUUCUGGUAUCUGCUCUGCAUUGAGUAGACUAGGCAUAGAAGAUAAGUUCUACACGCCCUCUAAGUCCAGUUACAACCUCUAGGAGUUAGACGGGAGACUUAGUGAGUGCUAGAUAGAGUAAUCAUACGUUAAUCGUGCCCCUUAAGCUAUGACAUUGCAUUUGUAUACUAAGCAGAAUAUUGAUACAAGGAGUUUUAGUCAUCGAUUUAAACUUCUAUGGAAUGAGAAUUGGACAGGGGUCACCCGAUUUGUUGAAGAGUGUAUUGUACGUGGCAAGGUUUUGAUAAAUGUUCCUGGCCAUUGAUUGAAUGUGAAUCUAUACU